CUCCUCCUCUCCUUUUCUCCCUCCCUCCGCCUAGCCUUCUCCACUCUCCCAUUCCGUCCCCCCGAUCUCGCCGGGAUCUCCUCGCCGGCGGCGGCGAUGGCGGGCAACGACAACUGGAUCAACAGCUACCUCGACGCCAUCCUGGACGCCGGAAAGGCGGCCAUCGGCGGCGACCGGCCCUCCCUCCUCCUCCGCGAGCGCGGCCAUUUCUCCCCCGCGCGCUACUUCGUCGAGGAGGUCAUCACCGGGUACGACGAGACCGACCUCUACAAGACAUGGCUGCGCGCGAACGCGAUGAGGAGCCCGCAGGAGAGGAACACGCGGCUCGAGAACAUGACGUGGAGGAUCUGGAACCUCGCCAGGAAGAAGAAGGAGUUUGAGAAGGAAGAAGCCUGUCGUAUGUUGAAACGCCAGCCAGAAACCGAGAAAACACGAGCUGAUGCUACCGCAGAUAUGUCUGAAGAUCUGUUUGAAGGAGAAAAGGGAGAAGAUGCUGGUGAUCCAUCUGUUGCGUAUGGUGACAGCACAACAGGGAGCUCACCUAAGACAAGUUCAAUUGACAAGCUAUACAUAGUAUUGAUCAGUCUACAUGGUCUUGUCCGUGGUGAGAAUAUGGAGCUUGGCCGGGAUUCAGAUACAGGUGGCCAGGUCAAAUAUGUGGUCGAACUUGCUAAAGCAUUGAGUUCAUCUCCUGGAGUUUACCGGGUUGAUCUGCUAACAAGACAAAUCUUAGCACCAAAUUUUGAUCGCAGUUAUGGUGAACCAGUGGAAUUGUUGGUUUCAACAAGUGGUAAAAAUUCUAAACAAGAAAGAGGAGAGAAUAGUGGUGCAUAUAUAAUACGGAUACCGUUUGGUCCAAAAGACAAGUAUCUAGCUAAAGAACAGCUAUGGCCUUUCAUUCAAGAAUUUGUUGAUGGUGCACUCAGCCAUAUUGUGAAGAUGUCAAAGGCCAUAGGUGAAGAAAUUGGCUUCCGACAUCCGGUAUGGCCUGCUGUGAUUCAUGGGCAUUAUGCCAGUGCAGGAAUUGCUGCUGCUCUACUUUCUGGAGCACUUAACCUUCCUAUGGCAUUCACGGGACAUUUUCUUGGGAAAGAUAAAUUGGAAGGGCUUCUCAAACAAGGGCGAAAAACAAGGGAACAAAUAAAUAUGACAUACAAAAUAAUGUGCCGAAUUGAGGCAGAGGAGCUAUCUCUUGAUGCGUCUGAGAUCGUCAUUGCAAGCACCAGGCAAGAGAUAGAAGAGCAGUGGAACUUGUAUGAUGGUUUUGAGGUUAUACUUGCAAGAAAGCUUCGAGCAAGAGUAAAACGUGGUGCUAAUUGUUAUGGCCGUUUUAUGCCUCGUAUGGUUAUAAUUCCUCCUGGAGUUGAAUUUGGUCACAUCAUUCAUGAUUUUGAUAUGGAUAGUGAAGAAGAGAAUCCAUGCCCAGCAUCUGAGGAUCCACCUAUUUGGUCUCAGAUAAUGCGCUUCUUUACAAAUCCCAGGAAGCCUAUGAUUCUAGCUGUUGCUCGCCCUUAUCCUGAGAAGAAUAUUACAACACUUGUAAAGGCAUUUGGUGAAUGUCGGCCACUAAGGGAGCUUGCAAAUCUUACAUUGAUAAUGGGUAAUCGUGAAGCUAUUUCUAAGAUGCACAAUAUGAGUGCUGCUGUGCUGACAUCAGUGCUUACAUUGAUUGAUGAAUAUGACUUGUAUGGUCAAGUGGCAUACCCCAAGCAUCAUAAGCACUCAGAAGUUCCCGACAUUUAUCGUUUAGCUGCAAGAACAAAGGGAGCUUUCGUAAAUGUAGCUUACUUUGAACAAUUUGGGGUUACUCUGAUAGAGGCUGCUAUGAAUGGUUUGCCUAUAAUCGCAACCAAAAAUGGAGCCCCUGUUGAAAUUAAUCAGGUCCUGAACAACGGUCUCCUUGUUGAUCCACAUGAUCAGAAUGCCAUUGCAGAUGCCCUCUACAAACUUCUUUCUGACAAACAACUUUGGUCAAGGUGCAGAGAGAAUGGACUGAAAAAUAUUCACCAAUUCUCAUGGCCUGAGCACUGCAAGAAUUACCUGUCAAGGAUCUUAACUCUUGGCCCGAGGUCUCCUGCUAUCGGUGACACAGAGGAGCAGAGUAAUACACCUAUUUCAGGAAGGAAGCAUAUCAUUGUUAUUUCUGUAGACUCUGUUAGCAAGGAAGAUCUAGUGAAGAUAAUCAGAAAUGCUAUUGAGGUCAUACGGACACAAAACAUGUCGGAUUCAACUGGUUUUGUGCUGUCAACUUCACUCACAAUAUCAGAGAUAUAUUCAUUGCUAGUACCUGCAGGCAUGCUUCCCACUGAUUUUGAUGCUUUCAUCUGUAAUAGUGGGAGCAACAUUUAUUAUCCUUCAUACUCUGGUGAAACGCCAAACAAUUCCAAGAUUACAUUUGCAUUAGAUCAAAAUCACCAGUCACAUAUCGAGUAUCGUUGGGGAGGAGAAGGCCUAAGGAAGUAUCUAGUGAAGUGGGCCACUUCAGUGGUAGAAAGAAAGGGGAGAACAGAGAGGCAAAUUAUUUUUGAAGAUCCAGAACACUCUUCAACCUAUUGUCUUGCAUUUAGAGUGGUUAAUCCCAAUCAUCUCCCUCCUUUGAAGGAGUUGAGGAAGUUGAUGAGAAUCCAAUCUCUCCGUUGCAAUGCAUUGUAUAACCACAGUGCUACAAGAUUAUCUGUAGUCCCUAUUCACGCAUCACGUUCUCAGGCUCUAAGGUACUUGUGUUUACGUUGGGGGAUAGAGGUACCCAAUGUGGCAGUCCUCGUCGGCGAAAGUGGCGAUUCAGAUUACGAGGAGCUGCUGGGUGGUCUCCACAGGACCGUCAUCCUGAAGGGUGAAUUCAACAUCCCUGUAAACAGGAUCCACACCGUCAGGAGAUACCCCUUGCAGGAUGUCGUCGCGCUCGACAGCUCAAAUAUCAUCGGCGUUGAGGGCUACACGACCGAUGACCUGAGGUUCGCCCUGCAGCAGAUGGGUAUACUGACGCAAUGACACCAUUCCGAGCUUCUGUUCCCAUACCACAUGAACGAGAAAACCAAAGGAGACACCGUUUCCAUGCUUGAUGGAAAUGCGAUUUUGUUUGUAGGCUGUAGUAGAGGUGUUUGUGUCACUGUGUGCGGUGGUGGUGGUCUAUUCUUGAGCUGUGAAUAACUGCCCUCUGUUUGUACUGUCCCCAAAUUUUGAAGUGAGUACGUGCGUUACAACAUAUUGAUAAUGAAAAAAAAAACAAAUGCAAAAGAAAGGAAUGGUUGGGAACGGCAAUGUUCCAAGGCA